AGUAAAUAUACAGAUGUAGAAGGGCAAAAACGGUAAGUAAAAACAUCCUUUGUUGUUUGAUUCUAAUUUCCGUAGACAAGCUCCCCCUUCUUCCUAGGAACUCAGACAGAAAACAUCCCUUUUUUAAAAAAAAAAAAAAAAAGUGCUUAGCUUUUGGUUUUGUUUCAGUCGAGAAAACAGAGAGUUCAUUUUUUUUCCAUGUUCUAUCGAUCGGUGGUGUUUCCUUCAAUCUCAGAAAGGAAACGGAAUUCAAACAGAAGCAAAACCGACACUGUAAUGGCUUCUUCUUCUUCUUCUUCGGCUUUGAAAUCUCAGCCUCUUCAUAACUUCCAAUUACAUGACCUUAAAUGGGCCAUGAACCACACUGGCAACCACCGCCUUCGGAAACUCUCCGAUUCUUUGCACAAAUCUCCUCAACGUGGAGAGAGUGGUUCUGAGUCCGACAAUAACCGGAAGGUCAAUCCGGUAUGCGAAGCUCGCUCAAAGAUUGGACAUUCUUCAGGUUUUUCUCCUGAUCAUAUAACUGGAAAAUCAGAGAGGAAAUUCAUCGAUGGUUCUGAUGUUUUGGUUGAUUUUAACUCCGAUAAGAAAGUUGAUCCAUCGGACGCUAGAUCGAAGAUCUAUAUACGUUUUCCAGCCAAGAAUGACAAGUCUGUUGACGAGGUUGCGGAUGUAGGAGAUCAGAGCUUGAUUACUGAAGACAUUGAAGAAUUGGUUCCCAAAACUUGGAAUCUGAGGCCUCGGAAGCCGAUUUGUAAGCCUUCCAAUCAUAAUGGAAGCUCGCUCAAGAUCGGAGCUUCGGCGCACGAGAACAAAACUCAUAGAUCGGAAGCGACGCGAUCUAGGAACGUAACCGAACCGAAAGCGGCUGAGAAGAAGGAGAAGAAACAAAAGUUCUCAGUUUCACUCUCUAGAGAAGAAAUUGAUGAUGAUAUCUUUGCUAUGACCGGGUCGAAGGCCUCUAGAAGGCCAAAGAAGCGAGCCAAGAGUGUGCAGAAACAACUGGAUUUCGUGUUUCCUGGAUUGUGGCUAGCUUCAAUAACGCCUGAUUGUUACAGAGUCACGGAGGCUCCUGUUAAGGGCUAGAUGGGGUUGCUGCUAAAACUGUGAAUUUGGAAGGUGGGGGAUCAGGGGAACUGCUAAACUUUUUCCUUUUUAUUUUCUUUUCAGCUGUAGAAUGAGCUUGUAGAGAUCGGAUCAGAUGUUAACUAAUGUAUCUUGUUUUUUUGUCUAAUCCAUGAUGAAGUUAGAACUUAGAGAGAUGGUGAGAGACUGUUAUAUUAUGAAUCUUGUUGAUAAGUUACAGAUUGUAAAUAUGACUUACCAGUUUCAUAACUAGGGUUUUAACCUUUUCAGUUUAUGUAAAAGGAAAUUGUUUUUCAGGA